AUGUAUAGCGAUGCAGCAAACAAGGCUAUUCCAAUUGACUUUGACUACGUUAUGAUGAAAUUAUACGUACAAAUGUAUCUAGAUAAAAUGGAGGAAUCGGUUGAUGAUGAAGAGAAGAGAGAUGAACAAGGCUUUGAUGAGCAAAAUAAUGAUAUCGACUUUACCUACAAUGAUGCGGAUGAAUACGGUGUUGAAAUAUCCGAGCUGUACAGUUAUUCAGAGGAAAACGAAUUCAUAGAAAAUGCUCACGCAUUCACAGAAACUUUCCAAGGUGUCGGCAAGUGGGUUGAUAUUGAUGACAAAACUCGCCGUGGUUAUGUGAACAAAUUGCUCGAUGUUCUUGAGUCGUCCGACAAGGAUAGUCGCAUUAAAGCUGCUCGUUCACUCCUCUACCUGCUUCAGGGUGUGUUUAAGGAGUGUGAUCUGGAAGAGGACCAGAUAACUUGGGCUAGAAGAAAUGUCUACCUCUGUAUUGAGUGUGGUGUUUUAUCUUCAGUGCUAUCGCUACUCCUAUUGGAGAUUCGUUACGAAGAUUGGGCAAGGAAUUUGAGCACGGCGACUCCUGAUCCUGAUGCUAACGGUGAUGCAGCUAAGAAACAAUCAGUGACGUUGCUAAAUAGUGCAAAUAUUCGCGUAGUUUUAUCCAUAAUUUACACCAUUGUUGAGACUGUUCGUGACGGAUGUCAAUCAGCAAAUGUUAAUAGAUCCAUUUCCACCUUAACUGCAACAAUGGCGAAGCCUCAACUGUUCUCCUCAGUAGAGCACACAGCCAAAUUACGAGAACAGCUCAUUGAGGAACUGGGUGCACCUAUAAACAACGGUAGUUGUCUAGCCAUCGUCCUCUUCGGAAUGGUGCAUCGGUUCUGUAGUGGACUCGCGCCCCACUUUCCCAUGAAGAAAACCAUUCUUCUUCUUUGGAAAACCAUCCUGCUCACAUUGGGUCCACUUUCGAGUCUCUUUGAGCGAAAAAAUCGUGAUCGUCGUCUGGCCAAUCUGCCUGAACUGCACGAGGACACUCAUAUGGUCAUCCGUCGAAUCCGGGCCAAUAGCCCACCGGCAAAUCCUGCAGACAAUCUCCUUAAUCGACCAGUACGUCCUAACAAUCGCCAUUCUGCGAUUGGACAGGGAACUCAGGGUCCCCAUCAGGGAAGUCUAGCCGGCGGCCGCUUGGCUGUCCAGCAACAAAUAGCCCAGCAACAAUUGAACCAGCGCCAGAUGCAGCGUCGGUGGAAUAUCACCUUUAAUCUCUCCAAGUCUGACAGCAGUGGUAGCGGGGGAGUAGUGGAAGAGAGUGUAGCUCUUGGUAGCGCCACCCCACGGCCUGGUUCACCGGCAAAUAAUGUGGACGGAACUGAUCAGACAUCGAUCAGCUCGAAUCCUCAGUUUUCGCAUUCCAUCCUCUCCCAGCAGCUCAUUACAGGCAUCAUGAACUCUCUUGCCGAUGUGAAGGUUUUGCCUUGGAGGCCGAAGGUUCGCACCAGCGAUAUUGAGAAUUUUCUAGACAGUGCGAGGCAAAAGUUUAUUGGGUUACGGGUGGCAAACGAUACCACCACGUUGUAUGGACUGCCCGAACCGAUUCAUGAAGCUGUCAAGGUGCUAAAGAAGUACCAUUAUACGUCACUCGGUGAAGUUCAAAUCAAACGGGAGGCGGAUUUCGCCAAGUAUCCCCUUCUCCUGGGAAAAGAAAAUGUCCCCGACACUCCAACGGAGCGUUUGUACGUUGCAAUGCUUCCCCUUUUGCCGCAGUACGUGAUCGCAAUACUAAAAGUUUUGCUGGCUUCCGCACCCACCUCGCGUACAAAAACUGAGCCUAUCAACAUCUUGGCCGAAAUAACUCCUCUUGAAGCACCGGAUAGUCAAUUGCAGACGUUGAUAAUGAAUUACGAUGUGAAUCGGCACCGCGAGAUUAUUGUGAAAGCCAUCUCGGGUCUUCUGCUGCUACUGCUGAAGCACUUCAAGUUGAAUCACAUCUACCAAUUCGAGUACAUCUCGCAACUCCUUGUUGUCGCCAAUUGCAUCCCACUGGUCCUGAAGUUCUUCAACCAGAAUACCUUACUCUAUGUACAGGCUAAAAAUAGUAUCUCCUGUCUGGAUUUCCCUGCUCGUGUCAUUGGAGAGGUUUCACAGUUGACGCCUGAAAUGCUGAACAGUGACUGGUCUCCCUGCUGUUGGCGCAACAUGUUUUCCUGUAUCAAUCUGCUCCGAAUCUUGAACAUGCUGACCAAGUGGAAACAUUCUCGAACCCUGAUGCUGGUGGCCUUCAAGUCCUCUCCCAUCCUAAAACGUGCACUGCGUGUGCGUCACUCCAUGCUGCAGUUAUAUGUGCUGAAGCUCCUCAAACUCCAGAGCCGUUACUUUGGCCGACAAUGGCGCAAGAACAACAUGUCUGUCAUGUCAGCCAUCUACCAAAAGGUUCGCCAUCGUCUCACGGAUGACUGGGCCUAUGGAAACGAAAUCGAGACGCGGCCAUGGGACUCGCAAAUGGAGGAGUGUACUCUGCGCUCGUGCAUUGAACAAUUCCACCAGCGUCGCUACUAUAGCGACUGCCUUGAGCCGGAUUUCCACCCGGUGGACAAUCAUCUGGCCUCCGUGCUAAACCAGCCGAUGGAACUCCCCAUCGGGUUCAAGCGAAACUACGAGCGGUGGUUAGAGGAGGAGGUCUUCUCCACCCCCAUCAACUGGGAUCGAGUAAUUCUGAAUGACCCCAUUGCCAACGCUGUAUAUUUGACAAUAAACUGCAUUCUUACUUGCUACUGUGGCUUCGUCGAUCUGGGUGGCGUACCGGACUUCGGAGACGGGUCCGGUGAUGGUAACUGCGUCGGUCAUUUUAAGAUAUCGGUCCUUGCCAAAUUGAACCAUCCGAACAUUGUAAAAUAUUGUCAUUCUUUUGAAGAAUCCAACGCAAUCUAUAUUGUUAUGGAGUUUUGUGAUGGUGGUGAUCUUUAUUCGAAAAUAAACUCUCAAAAUGGAGUUUUAUUUUCAGAACAUGAGAUUCUUGAUUGGUUUGUACAAAUUGCCCUGGCUGUUAAACACAUACAUGAUCACAUGAUCCUCCAUCGGGACAUCAAGUCACAGAACGUUUUCCUAACGGGUAAGGGGAGAGUGAAACUGGGCGACUUUGGCAUCGCAAAGAUUUUAAAGGGAACUCUUGAUCUAGCCCGAACGUGCAUUGGCACUCCAUAUUACCUUUCACCAGAAAUUUGUGAAAAUAAACCAUACAAUAACAAAAGUGACAUUUGGGCCCUUGGCUGUGUACUAUAUGAGUUAACAACAUUAAAGCAUCCGUUUGAUGCAGGUAAUAUCAAAAGUCUAGUUCUGAAAAUCAUAAGUGGGCGGUACCCUCCCAUCUCGCCGAAGUUUAGUAACGAUCUUAGGAACCUAAUAGCCAGACUGUUUCAGCGAAAUCCACGUGAACGGCCAGGUAUAACGGCGAUUUUGAAGUAUCCGAUUGUUCAUAGUCGGAUACAUCACUUCCUCAACACUGCUGAAAGAAAAGCAGAAAAUAAGAGUGCUGCCCAGCGGGCACAAAAUCGUCCAACAAGAACACCCUCCUCAGCCGCAGAAAGCGGAAUCGCCAAUGGAAGGAAAAGACAAAGCCCAUGUUUGGCACGUCAAGCAGUGGUUUCGAGAUGUAGGAAAUUCCCAUCGCCAAAUAAUGUGCUAAAACGCACCUCCAAGGAUAAGCUGAUGCGAAAACGUGAUCUGCUCGUAGCACUACAUCAGAAGAGACAAAAGGCAAUUGCAAAACACUGCAAGUGGCAUUACCGCGAUUCAAACUCUUGGAUUUCCGUGGUGAGACCGGCAGUUGCAAGUCCUGCCAUCGCAACAAAGGCUGCUCAGUCGGAACUGGUGCCAGUGGGCACCUUGAGUCGCUACCGAAAGUACUUUGCCGUGUUGGAUGAGUUCAAGCGCAGGGUUCGUGAGGACGACCACAAUGUACCCCUCAGUGGAGACCGCCACCAACGCUUCAACCCCUCUCUUGAUAGAGAAUCAAGCACACCAUCUGGUGAUGCGGUUUCAUUAGCCGUUGUAGGCAAACCAGUUGCCAUGGUCUACCCACAUGUCAAAAAGAGUAAUGACACGGUGGAGCAGAACUAUUUGGUGCAGGACUACCUUGAAGGAAGGCUAGCGGCAGCCAAAAACCGGGCAAAGUCGGACAAUAGAUCGCAUGGUGUUGCCCGUGCUCUAGGUAGUAAACAGAGUUGGAUGAACCCAUUCGAAGGGGGCCAUGACGACAUGCCAUCGGAGGAGCCACAGUUCCACUUUGAAAUGAAAGACAUAUGCAGGAAGCCUCCAGAGGGUAUACCAUCCCUAUCCUUCGUUCUCGAACAGCUAAAAGCUUCAUCACCACCUUUACUAAUCUCAGAGGCGCCUUCCUCCAAGGAUCAUUCAUGUGACCAAAAUGCAAAGGAGCCAAAGCAGAGACUAAUUCAAAAGAAGAAGGAAAUUAUACUAAAACGGAUUAAUUCGCGCUCGACUGAAAGUGGCCCCUCAAAGCUGCCCACCCACAAAAACGCUUCAGUAAAUCCAUCAGUAGUUGAUCAUUUGCUGAAUCCCAUUGGAAAGGGUCGCAAGACCUGGAAUAAGUCUCCGAUUGCAGCGCUUCUUGAACAAUUAAGUUCGGCUGAUUUGGACGCAAGUAGAACAAUAUCGCUGAAUGGAGGGAAAUGGAUCACGACGGAGGAAGGCGAUGUGUCGGAUCCACAAGAGGCCGUACAAAUGGACUGUAUACUCUCAUCGGUAUCAAAUCAAGGAGUUACUUCUACUUCAGGUGGAUAUGAGGACAAAACGAGGGCUAGUUUUCUCCCCUGUCAUGGUCCAGUGAUCACGACCGGAAGAAGAGCUAGGUCGCUGCAAAUGAUUCGCCAAAAUCUGCCCAAAAUGGUUGAAAGUGAUCGAGGAUUUUCCUUCGAUAUGAUUCCAACGCUGGGUGUAUUCGUGGGGGACUCGGCAGCACCAAAUCUCAGCUCUUCUGCGGCCACUGUAACAUGCUCUGCGACAGAAUCACUGACAACUGCCACACAGCAAGCCUUUAGUCAAACAACUGCAAAGCCACUAGAGCUGUUUGACUCCAAGAAGUACUCCUUUAAGGAUCCACAGAAGCGGACGCCUCAACGAUCUCAAUCACAGCCGUCAGUGAGCACCCCUAGAGAAGACUUUGCUUCAGCGACUACUCCUGCCACCAUUGCCCACCUCAGUUGCUAUUCUCUAUUUGAAGAGUCAAAUGAAACUUUGAGUCACGUAGAAUCCAGUGAGAUCAAUCCCGAACAAUUUGCCUCCUCACCCCUCCAACAACAAGCCUCAACAGUUACGGAUUCGGGCUUCACGACGACCAGAGAAACGCCCCAAUCUUUACGCCAGACACUGACUUCCGUGCCUUCGGACACCGAGAGAACGCUAACCUUCCACUCAGUUUUACUUCAAAUCCUCGAGGCCGACAGCGAGGAGCACGCAGACUUUGCCGAGGACUCAACACUUAUACCCGAGUUUGCAGAUGAAAAGCCCCUCAGUCGAUUUUUUAUUGCGGAGCAGACACGAAUGGCUCUGGAGAAGGUGUUGGACCUCGAAACACUCAUCAAAUGCUACAAUGUUGUGCAGAACUUACAAGAGAGCGAAGAUGGCGAACUACACAUAGGACGAGAGAUGAUUGCGUCUAUAGUGGGCCAAAGCCGCGCCAGUGAAGUCUUCAACAGGGUGCUUCAACUGGUUCUCGCAGAUGGGACCUACAUUGACGGUUAA